CGUCAGUUAUGACGACAGUGGGCCUCGUCAACCAUGGGAAUCUAGCCAUGACCCAAAAUUUCAAGUACCUAAUGGUCGCUCAGUUGUUAGUGUAGUUAACGUUUAUUUAUUUUUUUUCAUGUACCUUAUCCGAUUAUUUAUUAGCAUUUCUCAGAAUUAUUAUUGGCUACUGACACUAGGUAAACGGUAAUCUUCACAUCACUGAACUGAACUUCUUGAAAUAUGAAGGUUUUUUCAGAGUCUCAUAAGACGGUUUUUGUUGUGGAUCACUGUCCUUAUAUGGCAGAAUAUUGCAGACAGCAAGUGGAAUUUGAUAUGGUAACUAAGAAUCGAACUCAGGGUGUUAUACCAUUGGCACCCAUUUCUAAAUCACUGUGGACAUGUGCUGUGGAGGCUACAAUGGAAUACUGUCGGAUAAUGUAUGAUAUAUUUCCUUCUCAUAAGCUGGUGAAUUUCAUAAUUAGUGACUCUAAAGCCCAUAUACUGAAUUCCUGGAGCCACGAUCAUCAGAGUCUGCAGGAGCUGAUGGCAGCUCUUUCGACAGUUGGACCACCUAAUCCCCAUAUGGAUGUAGAACGAUGCAGCAUACUGCAUGGCUUAGUGGGAGCAGUUGAGUCCCUUUGCAAAAUCACAGAGUAUCAGCAUGAAGCAAGGACAUCUUUAAUGGAAAAUGCAGACCGUGUCACCAACCGAGGUCGAAUAAUCUGUGUCACCAACGCCAAGAGUGACAGUCAUGUAGACAUGCUGGAAGAAUGCGUCUUGGAGACUAUCCUUGAGCACAACAAAUUAGCUGCUGGCUCAGAUCAUUUAAUGCAGAUCCAGAAAUGUGAACUUGUAUUGAUUCACACGUUUCCAGUUGGAGAGGACAGUCUGGUUACAGGUCAUCCAAAAAAAGAGCUGUCACCUGUUUUAACAAGUGAAGUACACAGUGUGAGAGCAGGAAGGCACCUUGCAACAAAGCUGAAUCUUCUGGUUCAACAACACUUUGAUUUGGCUUCUACAACUAUAACCAACAUUCCUAUGAAGGAAGAGCAACAUGCAAAUACAUCAGCAAAUUACGAUGUGGAGCUUCUUCAUCACCAGGAUGCACAUUUGGAAUUUUUUAAAAGUGGUGAUGCACAUGCUGGAAAUGGUAGCACCAGAGAUGGCUUAUUGAAAGAAACAGUCACAUUAAAAUGGUGUACUCCUCGAACAAAUAAUGUUGAGCUACACUACUGCACAGGAGCAUAUCGUAUUUCACCUGUUGAUGUCAACAGUAGACCUUCAUCCUGUCUUACAAAUUUUUUGCUAAAUGGUCGCUCUGUGCUGUUAGAACAACCCCGGAAGUCAGGAUCUAAGGUUAUAAGUCAUAUGCUUAGUAGUCAUGGUGGCGAGAUCUUCCUUCAUGUAUUAAGCAGCUCUCGUUCUAUUCUUGAAGAUCCGCCAUCUAUUAGUGAGGGUUGUGGAGGGAGAGUCACAGAUUACAGAAUUACGGAUUUUGGAGAGUUUAUGAGAGAAAACAGACUGUGUCCUUUUCCAGAAUCCAGAUCUUCUGAUGGAGGAAGUUCUGAAUCUCCAGUGGAGAGAGCAAAGCAGCAACUUGAAAGAUAUACGCGUUACUGGCCUAUGAUUAUUUCACAAACAACUAUAUUUAACAUGCAGGCAGUGGUGCCUCUAGCAACUGUAAUUGUCAAGGACAGUCUAACAGAUGAUGAUGUUCUGAAUUGUCAAAAAACAAUAUAUAAUUUAGUAGAUAUGGAGAGAAAGAAUGAUCCCUUACCCAUUUCAACAGUAGGCACAAGAGGCAAAGGUCCCAAAAGAGAUGAACAGUACCGUAUUAUGUGGAAUGAGCUGGAAACUCUUGUUAGAGCUCAUAUUAAUAACUCUGAGAAACACCAGCGUGUGUUAGAAUGCUUGCUGGCUUGCAGGAGUAAGCCUCCUGAAGAAGAAGAACGCAAGAAAAGGGGAAGAAAAAAAGAGGAUAAAGAAGACAAGACUGAGAAAUCUGGAAAAGAUACAGAGGCUGAUAAAACCUGGCAAGAUGGUGAAAGGAUAAAAGGAGUACUGGAACGUGAGAAAGAAGAACUGGUGGAGGCUGAGGUUAUAAAAGACUCGCCAGAUUCACCAGAGCCACCUGCUAAAAAGCCCUGUGUCUCUGUGGAUGAAGUUCAGCCUGUUGAAAAGAGUAAAGGGCCAGUGUCAUUAUUGACGAUGUGGACAAGUAGGAUCAACACUACAAACUCGAGGAAACAUCAGGAGUUUGUUGGUCGAUUAAAUGCUGUCAGCAACAAGGUUGAACUGUACCAACAUCUGAAAGAGGAAAAUGGAGUGGAGGUACAAGAAAAUGGAAAGGCCAGCAGACAAUGAAGAUAAGAAGUAUGCCAUUGAAAAGUUCUUGUUGAAUGGUGUUAAACGUUUUGUACAAAAAUCUUUUUAUUUGUAAAUAUUAUUGCACUUUAAAUGUGAGUUUUGUACAUACAAAUUUUGUUUAAACUUACUUGAGUUUUUAUCAUUUUAUGAAUGUUGAUGUAUUGCAGUGAAUAAGAAAUACAAAACUUGGUAGAUGUUUUUACAGAGAUAAUGCAGCCGUACCGUAUGUAUUUAUAAUAAAACCAUUGGUGACAUGCUGUUUAUUUUCAUUAUGAUCUUUUAGUUUUAUAAUGCACAACAAAAUAGUAGUAACAAAAUUAUUGAAUAGUUUCCAUUAAAAAAAAAUAAGUCAGUACAGUGCUCAGAGUAAUGAGAAAAAUAGAGACCACUCCCACAUACACUGAUAGGCACAGUCAUAAACAGCUAAAAGUGCAUUCUUGGAUCAAAUCCCAGAAUACUGUUACUGCAAGACUGCUUAACCAGAUCAGCGAACACUGGCAGGGAUAUUAAACCUGCAACCCUCAGGCCUCAAGUGGCCCUCAAAGCAACAUAAUGCUAGUUAAGAGAAGCUACUGCAUUACAUUCCUAGAUGUACUAGGCGCUAUGCAGUAAUUUUACUUUUUAGAGCCCUGUUAAUCCUUGACUAGGCAUUAAAUGUUUUUAACUGUUAUGUUAUUUCUUUUACUGAGGUUUUUUAAGCAAUUUGUUUGUCAUCUAGGUUCUGAUUAAAUACUGCUAACCUUGGGGGGGACACAUGGGAUGCUACCUUGAUGUUAAAUCUAACUCGAUUGUUGAAAAAAAUAAGGGUCAACUAUAUUAAAAAAAACUUUCCUAUUUUGCAUCCAUCUCAGGUAAAAUUCAAGCCAUUAAAACCACAUAUUUUAAUGUUUUGAGGAAUCUCCUGGUACCCAUAAGUCCUACUUUGCUAGGGCAAAUUCGAGAUGAUCUGAACAUUUGUGUAUUGGACCCCCGUAGUAGAAGAAUAGCAGGCCAAGCAAAAUAUGUACCUUUAUGCUGGGUGGAGGGCACACAAUAUCAGUUAUGCAUUUGUGUUUAAAGUAUUUCAGCUGAUAAGAUAAUAUACUGGGAAUGGUAAAACAAGCCUAUUAAUAGUAUGCAAACAGAGCAAGAUUUAGGAUGUAUAUCACAAUCCUGAAUAUUGGAUUUGUACUAUGAAACCCUUUAGAUGGGAAUUACAUUGUGGUUAGGAAGACCCACUAAGGAAGUCUGCCACCACCCUCAAGGGAUGUGAUGUAUCAAAGAAGAAACCCAGUUAUGUCAGUCUAAACAAGAUAUAAAAGAAUGGGGCCAGUUAAUGUACAAGUUGGAUGAGCUCUCCAUGAAAAGUUUUAGUGAAUUAACGUUUGACUUAUUCGCUCUGAGAGGAAGAGUGGUUUACCUACAUACAAUUAAGUACACAAGUUUGGAAGCUUAAAACUUUGAGUAGAGUAGCCCUGUGGGACAAAUGGAAGAGAAUUAAUAAAGGAUAUGUGGGAAGUUAAAGAUAAGGCAGUAAGACAGCGAACAGAGGGUAGAUGGAAGGUGAACAAACUGGUACACUUAACAGAAGUGGAAUAGUCACAAACUUGGGCAGCAAUCACUAAACUUAAUAAGUGGACACGUUUACAAGAUGAGCAGAGUAGAUUAUUAUAUCACUGGUAUUUGACGGCCAAAUGGAUAGUAAAUGCUGAGGUACUCAACACCAAGGGUUGGUAAUUUACAUGUUUUUGAAAUGCUCUAAGCUUAAAUGAUGUUGGUUAAACUUGCAGUCUUUGGUGCAGGAUGUUUUUGAACUAUGCUUAAUUGGCUUGGAAAUUUUGGAUUUGUUUUUUUUUAGCAGAAGACCAAGCACAGUGUUUUAACACCCGUGAGAGGGAAGUCAGUUGGAUUUUGGCUAGCAUCACUAAACUAUUUUGUGCAAAACAAUGGAAAUCAAAUAGAGAUUUCUCAGAUAAUAUGUAUAAAAAUUGUAUGUGUAAACUUUUUGGUUACAUUUUUGUAUUCACUUAAUGAAAUACAUCAUGAUGCUCCUGGUUUGUUAGGGGUACAGGCAAGCUUGUACAAUGAAUUUUCAUUCUAAUGCAUUGGAUUGACCAGAAUUGGUAAUCUUUAUGUGUAAUAGGGUCAUUUUCGACCAGCUGUGUUUGUAAGUAGUGUACAUAGUUAGAAUAGUUUUAUCCUUUUCUAUUUUUUAGAAUUAAUAUUAGAUUUUAACUGUUAUGCAUAACCAAUAAACUGCAGUUUCAGUCUGCUUAACAAUGAGUA